AGCGGCUCUGGCAGGCACAACAACAACAACACCACCAGCCCAGCAACAACAAGGCCCGCCGUCAACCGCCGCAUAUGGAAGACCCACAAAGAGAUAUCCGCCAGGUGAUCCACCUGCUGUGCCAGACGCCGCCGUCGGUCCAGCGCGACACCAUCGAGCGCUUCUUCACGCCCGACGCGACGUUCACGCACCCCUUCUGCCGCACCGGCAAGCUGCCGCACUCGCGGCUGCUCAUCCGCGCCGUGUACCGCUGGUACAAGAUCAUGAGCCCGCGCAUCGACAUGCGCAUUAAUUCAGUAGCAUACGAUCCCACGACGCUGCUCCUCUACGUGCACAUCUCGCAAGUGUUCCGCAUCUGGGCGAUACCAUUCUACGCGGCGCCCGUCAGCCUGGUCACGGUGCUGCACCUCGCGUACUCGGCGCCUGACAGUCACAGCAGUGCCGUGGCAGCAGCGGAGGGGGCAGCGCUGGCUGCGCGCGAGCCCGGCGGUCGCUACUACAUCGCCGCCCAGAACGACCUGUACCAGGUCAGCGAGUUUGUGCGCUUUGUCUGGCCCGGCGGCUUCCUUGUCGUGUGGCUGUGGCAGCUCGUCGCGACGUUUUUCUGCGUCUUGGGUGCGCUGCUGCUGUGGCCGGUUACGCUGGUGGAGGAGUUUGUGGGGGUGUGGGGGGGGAGGAGGGGAGGGGACGUCCCGGAGAGUGGGGCGGGGAAGGUCGAGCGGAAGUACUUGUAA